AUGGACCAACCAAACAGGAAGAGCACUCCGUCCGUUGCCACCGUUACGAAGUCUCUGGCGAAAUUGUACGUGUGUGGAUUGAGACCGAACCACACGGAAAGUCAAUUGCGUCGAUACUUUGCGCAAUAUGGAACCGUUGAGGAGUGCUGCAUCGCACGGAACUCCAAUACAGACGAGUCGAGAGGCUUUGGUUUUGUUACCUUUCGAGAGGAGGCGCAGGCUGCACGAGCGCUGAUCGACAGGCACCACCUUAUCGAAGGUGGGCCUGUACAAGUAAAGCCCUACACGUUGAAGACGAAUAAGAAGAACUUGGCCUCCACCUCACUUGCAAACGAUAAGAAGGACGAGAAUGCGAGGUACAACGAUGAAAUUGGUGUUCCUAGAGGUAGAAGAAAGGUGGACGAGUUGCGUCUGUUCGUUUCCAAUCUAAAGCCGUCGGCUACGCAGCAGUCCUUGGAGGAGUACUUCUCUCACUACGGCACAGUGACAGCUGUAGACAUGAUACCUUACCGAAAGGGUGCCAGACCACGAGACAUUGCUUUCGUGAACAUGGCGACACCGCAGGAGGUGGAGGCCGUUUUAAAGGCGCGUCCUCAUCAAUUGAGCGGGGAAUAUAUUGUCGUGCGACCUGCAUUUCUGCCAGCUUCGAAAGAAGCAGCAGAUUUCGGUGAUGACAGAAGUAGUCGCCACGUGUUGGUUGUCAACAAUGUUUUUUCUUCAUGGAACGAAGACCGUGUUCAAAAGUUAUUCAGUCAUUUCGGCAAAAUCAUCAACGUGAAGGUAAAUCCGGAAACGCGCAAAGCUCACAUAGCGUUCUCCAACGCAGAGGCCUUGCAAUAUUUGAGGAAGCAGAAGUAUCUAAAUAUAAAUGGCGUGCAUCUUAUCACUUCUACCGGUGAUGAUGGAACUUGUGGUGCAACCUUUAUUAAUGCCUAUGUAUAG